UAUAAAAUAAGGCGAUCUGGCCGUUAUAUUGGCAGAACGUACAAAUGUUUGGUUGAGUUUUGUAGUGUUUAGCUUGGAGUUUGAAAUCCAAGUAGAUUUAUUUGUGUGUUACCCAGAGCGGUGGAUGUUUAGAAAAACAAACGACUGAAGAAGAUUUGUUUUCUCGUAAAUAUUUUUAAUAACUUCGUGAUCAUAUUUGUUGAUUCUUGAUAUAUACCAAAGCUUCAGAAUGCAACCGGCACAUUAUGACAGUGGUUGUUUUCAAAAUGGGAUCUAUGGGUCUUCCACGAACUUUGACGGAUCGACAAUCAAAUUGCACCAUGGCCAUUAUUCAGAAACAUCCGAUCCUUGUUUCAACGGCUUAUUCUCCAACGUUUCAUCGCCUGGAAAUUUUCUUCCAAGAGACCCUCCAUCUUAUGCAGAAUCUACAACAAUUUUCCAUCCAGGUUUCGUUCCGAAUUCGAGUCCGUCUUAUUACAAAAUGUCCACAGGACGGCAGGAAAUUCCAGAGUAUGGAAUAACUCGGGGAGGCGGAGAGCAGAUUCUUUCGAAAGUCGAUAUUAUGGACCAGACCACUGGCUCACUUGAUAUUACCCCGCGGUAUGAUACAGAUGGUGCUCGACUCAUGCAUGAGACAGAUUUGAACUCAAGUCACGAGGAUAACGUGAAGCUGGAGAAUUCCGUGGAGUACAAACCGGAAAUGCAAGGACUACAGACAAACAUUCCAGGCAGCGAAACUCAUCUUACCCACAAUGACAGCGGUAGUAAAACUGAAUCAAAAGAUGACAAAAUAGAACCGGUGGACCAGACAAAUCCCGAAAAGGGCCACGACGAGAAAGCCCGAGGAAAUGCGGACGUCAAACCAGCCCUAUCCUACAUUGCCCUCAUUGCAAAAUCCAUCCUGGAAUCAUCACAGAAAAGGUUGAGUUUGGGUUCCAUAUACAGCUGGAUAGAGAAGAACUAUCCGUACUACCAGAACCGUGGCCAGGGCUGGAGAAACAGUGUACGCCAUAACCUGUCUCUGAACGACUGCUUCAUCAAGGCGGGCAGGUGCGAGGAUGGGAAGGGCAACUACUGGGCCAUACACCCCGCCAACAUACAGGACUUUAUGCGGGGCGAUUUCAGGCAACGUAGGAGGUCCAGGAGACGUGGAAGGAAGAAGGAGGUUGAGUUAGGAAUGUAUCAUUUAACUAACGGAUAUAGCCCUCUCACACCAAGUGUCCCAUUUUCACCCUCCGCAACCGCAUUUAACUCUAUCUAUUCACCGUACACAGAAGCUGAGCGCCGCGCAUAUAGACUAGAUGAAGCUCUAUUGCGACAGAGCAUGAACAAUCCUUUCAUGAAGUGGUACCACAAUGGAGUUCCGAAUGGAACCUAUCCCGCACAGAAUGGCGGAUGUAACACGGGGAUGUACAACAAUACGUCCGCCCAGUGGCAGGGAUACGGGGACCAGUCCUCACAGACCGUCUACCACUCACCCCUGUCUCGGAAUUACCCGACAACCUCUCUUGUUCAAAGUGGCUUAUGAAAACACAGGACGUUGCAUCAAUUCAUUCUAUGAACAUAAAGACUUUAUCAUAGUGCAACUUCAUCUCUAUUUUUGCAUUUAUUGAUAUUUGUUGAUAUUGAAAAUAAAUUUAUUGCCUUAUUAUUAUAA